AGCAUUCGCCUGAAACUAGUUGGACCAUGAUCACAUUCAGCAGCGAACCCGUCAAAGAAUCGAUGAAGGACACCGACAAAUGCUUGGAUUCCCAGCUCUGGCACGCAUGUGCCGGUGGGAUGGUUCAGAUGCCGGCGGUGAACUCCAAGGUGUAUUACUUCCCCCAGGGCCACGCAGAGCACGCCCAAGGCAUCGUGGACUUCGGGAGCUCCUCCGGUGUCCUGGCGCUCAUCCUCUGCCGGGUGACCGCUGUGAAAUUCAUGGCAGAUCCAGAGACCGACGAGGUCUUUGCCAAGAUCCGCAUGACUCCAGUUCGGUCGGACGAGCCGGACUAUGGCGACGAUGAUGGAAUGGGCCUCGGUAGCAACGGGGCUGAUGUGCAGGAAAAGCCUGCAUCUUUUGCCAAGACACUGACCCAGUCGGAUGCCAACAAUGGCGGGGGCUUCUCUGUUCCUCGCUACUGUGCUGAGACUAUCUUCCCGCGGUUGGACUACUCGGCAGACCCUCCAGUCCAGACUGUUCUUGCCAAGGAUGUGCAUGGCGAGGUUUGGAAGUUCCGGCAUAUAUACAGAGGGACUCCUCGCAGGCACUUGCUUACCACUGGUUGGAGCACUUUUGUGAACCAGAAGAAGCUUGUUGCUGGGGAUUCUAUUGUGUUCCUGAGAACAGAGAAUGGGGAUCUUUGUGUGGGGAUCAGACGGGCCAAAAGAGGGGUUGGUGUGGGGCAUGAGUCCCCGGGGUGGAAUCCUCCCACUGGAAACUGUUUCCCAGCCUAUGGGGGUUUUUCUGUCUUCCUAAGGGAAGAAGAAAAUAAGUUGAUGAGAAGCAAUGGAAAUGGCGGUAUCUUGAAUUCUGGUGGGACUAGUAUGAGGGGAAGGGGUCGAGUGAGGGCCGAUUCUGUUAUCGAGGCUGCAAAUCUUGCAGCUAAUGGCAAGCCUUUUGAGGUAACUUACUACCCAAGGGCCAGUACGCCUGAGUUCUGUGUGAAAGCUGCAGCUGUGAGAGUAGCGAUGCGGAUCCAGUGGUGUCCUGGCAUGAGAUUUAAGAUGGCUUUUGAAACUGAGGAUUCCUCGAGGAUUAGUUGGUUCAUGGGAACUAUAUCUUCUGUUCAGGUUGCAGAUCCGAUAAGAUGGCCUAAUUCACCUUGGAGACUUCUUCAGCAAAUUUUGUUGGCAUGCUUUAUCCAACAAAACAAGAUAUUUGUUGGCAUGCACCCCGCAGCCGCGGGAGCCUCAUGCGCUGGGAUGCUAUUUUUUGGAAAGAAGAAACCUUAUGUUUUGGGUGCCAAUAUAGUUCUUUUUCCCCUUCCAUUACCCUGUUCAUUUUACUUGUGAAUUCUUGCCUUCUUCAUAUAGAUUUUAACUGUUGAAUUAUUCAAUAGAGAAACAGCUUUAGGGUGAACAUGUACAAUGAUCAUUUUGUAGCCCGCCUAUGUUCUUACUUAUCUACUAUGAGAUGGAAGGGAACUUUUCUGCAAUCAUCUGUGUGCUUUGUUCUACCUGAAGUUUUAUCUAUGAAAUCUGAUGUACGCUUGUAUGUGUUGUUAGUUCUUAUGCAGAUGUAUUAUAUUUUGCUUUAAUUUUGCCUUUCCACCUAUAUGAGGCAUUGCCUGGAUAUUUGCUUCUGGAACAUGUGUCAUGCUUGCCAUUUGUACUAUCUAUCUUUUGUAAAGAAGCCUACUUUCUUCCACAUUUGAUUGGUAUGAUUGAUUCUUCUGGAAUCAUGCAUCAAUAACUAUCUUAACUGCCAAAUUAGAAUAUCUAUUCAUAUUACUGCUUCUAUUUCCAAAAAAAUGGAUUAUUAUGAAUAUUCAUAGAGCAUAUCUUGUUUUGUAUCAACUCUAUUAUUGAAGACCAUGCUUAGGCUUGUGUGCCUGCUUUGGCUAUGAAGAUAAAG